UGUUAGGACGCCUUCGUGGCGCGUUUAUAUCUCGCGGUAGUGCCAACUUCGGACAGUUGAAAAAUAAUAAUUUUAAACUGCAUUGCUUUAUCAAAAAGUGGCCAGUGUUAUAACAUUUCAGUGAAUCGUUGAAUUGGAUACGAAUUUGGACACCGGGAUUAUUGAUUAAAUUAAAACAUAUAGAUAACAGGUCAAAUAAUGCGCUCGCUUUAAGACAAUGGAUCCUCUCACGUGGUUAUCCCUGGGGCUGCAGUUGGCAGCGUUGUGCUCCAUCGUUGGCGCACUAUUGUUAUACUUGCUUCGGAAGGUGCGAGUGGCUGAAGUGUCGCCUGUUGAUAGUGCAAAGACUGUACUCGUUACUUCAGUGGACUCCGCACUCGGUUUGCAGAUAGCUACUUAUCUUAGCGGCAAAGGAUGGCGUGUCAUAGCCGGUUGCCGUUCAGGAGGGUUGGGCGCUCGUUUGGCAGAAUCCUGGCUGCAAGCUCACGUUGCGGCCACUCCUGAAGACCAGCCUUCUCCAAGGCUGGCAACCUUAGAACUGGAUGUUGCAAGAGAAGAUUUGUUAGAAGAAGCGGCGCGGGCGACAACCCAGCAUUUACCGGCUGGAGAACAUGGUGUAUGGGCAGUCAUCAACACCGCGGGAAGCAGCGGACGCGGCGGUGCUGCCUGUUGGGAAAGUGCUUUGAGAAGCAACGUGCUUGGAGCUCUGCGAGUCGCUCGAUCUUUCUCACCGAUGCUCGCCGCAGCAGCCUCCGAUCAUCCCUACGCUGGACGACUUUUUUACAUUGGACUCACGUCAGAUACCGCAUGCGACAGCCUGACCAGGCCAGAUGCGGAGAGCGAGGGCAAUGCAGGCGCGGCUGCGGUCAGGUGGGGUACGUGGGGAGCGGCGCGGGCUCUACGGGCGUCUUUGCGUGCAAAACGACUGAACGUGAUUCUCCUACAUGCGCCAGACCUGUCUGCAGCAGAGAUAUACGCCCCACCCGUGCAGCUGACACCGCCUAGCCAGCCGUCCAGUCGACCAGAAACCCCAAGUUCGGACGUAAGCUCAUCGUCGACAGCCACUUGCGCAGUAACAAUGCCCGGAGAAGCAGCGGAGUACAGUGCAAAAGUGUUACCAACAAGCGCUUUGAAGGUCUUGGAGGAAGCCCUUACAUCACCUUCACCGAGAGACUCCUACUACUUGAAGAUUAAGCAAGACUCUUGGUUUACGAGGAUGCCAUCUUUGAGGGCCCAUUGAUUUACGAUUACUCUUUCUAUUGCUAGAUUCUGUUAAGGUUGGAAAAUUAAUCUUAAUCACCCUAAAACGUGGAAACAUUUGAAUCACUUUUCAACUUACGCAACACAAGUCAAUUAUUGGAUAUUUAAAAGUAUAUUAAGAUGUAAAUACGAUAACUUUAAGUCAAUAAAGAUUUGUUUGACCCUCUCAUACGUUACAGAAACUUAAUUAUUAAAGUAUUAACAUUUCACGUUUUUUUAUAACCGAAUUUUUUAUCCAAUAGUGGACAUAAUGCUUUAUUAGCAAUUGUAACUGCCACACUGGUAAUUUAUGCAUGUUUAUCCAAAGAAAGAAGAUACUUACGAAUAACUAAUUUAUGCACAAUUUUCAUUUUUUUAUUGCUAUAUUAUAAAUGUUUAUGUAUUAUUAAAGUAAACUAAGGUAUCGCGACCUGCUGAUCCCUUAUCGAAGGCACGGGAUAGUAGAUGUAUGUGCCAAAUUAUGUGUACUGAUUUGUUUACAUCACAAUUAAGUAUUUUAGAGUCAGUACGGUUCGACUUUGCGAUUGUGACGGGAUGAUCAUAUAACGAUUUCAUUCCAGCAACUCUUGCUUAGCUAUCGAUUUAUUGUUCUCGAAUCACACAGUUUCAAUUAUCUACGUUGGUUUAUUAAGAGGUAACUAAAUGUUUCUAAAGAUGAAGACAUGAGACAUCGCAAAGAGUUAGGAUUAAUAUUGGUAACAAAAAAAGGAUGAAAGAUCCAUAAAAUAUGGCUGCAAGUAGGUUAUUACCACCUAUUGGAAACCUAGGUCUAACACUUUUUCUUCUUGGAGAAAGGCAAGUGUACCUAAAUCGAAAAUAUUCUUAUCGUGUGUACUAAGUAUAAAGUGAAAACUACUGUCUGUUUAUACUGAUUAUUUAUAUAAACGGUUAAUCGUGUGUACUAUAAAGUGAAAACUACUGUCUGAUUAUACUGAUUAUUCAUAUAAGUAACCGGUUAAGAGUGGUCUGUCAAGAAUAAGCCUAUAGUAAUAUUGAUAUGCCAAAAAUAGAAAUAGGUUAUUUUUAUCAGUAGAUACAGUAACUAUUCCAUAUUAUUAAUUAGGGACAAGUUAUCUACAUUAUUCGCUGUUGUCUCAUGUUUUCAUCGCAUCUUAGUCUUCGCAUGCAAGUCCAGUGACGUAUAGCAGCCAUGUAAAAAGUUUUCAUUACCUUAUCGUAGAUAAAUUUGUGCGUUUUUAACGGUUGGUGGCAUUAAUAUUAACAGUUAAUGAUCAACCUUAUAAACACUUGUGUAAAUAAUGUUUGUGUUCAUAAAACAUUUCUUAUAUUA